AUGACAGAAAAUGCUACACAUGCCUCAAAGCUCACGAUCGGAACCCGCAAUUCCAAAUUGGCACUAGUCCAAGCUGAGCGAGUCUCUAAAGCCUUAUCUAGCGCCCACCCCCAAAUCCAAUUCCCAUGGCAAACCAUCUCUGUCAGCGGGGACGUGGACAAAACAAGCCCGUUCCUCAAGUUCGGAGGACCCUCCGACGCAGCCAAAAAUAUCUGGACAGAGGAGAUGGAGACCAAGCUCUGCGCCGGCGAGUUGGACUUGCUCGUGCAUUGCCUGAAGGACAUGCCAACCCGUCUACCGAGCGAAUGUGCUCUAGGCGCAAUCAUUCACCGCGAGGAUCCCACUGACGCAUUCGUUGUCAAGGCGAGUCUGCGGGAACAGUAUACCGACCUCGACCAACUGCCUGCAGGGUCGGUGAUUGGUACCAGCUCUACCCGUCGAAAGGCACUCCUCAGAUACAAAUACCCUCAUCUGGAAGUACAGGAGUGUCGAGGCAAUAUUGAUACUCGAUUGCGAAAACUUGAUGAUCCCGAGGGCCCUUUUUCUGCGAUCAUCAUUGCAACCGCUGGCUUAAACCGGAUUAAUAUGACUAGUCGCAUUACGAAACAUCUGCAUCCAUCUCAAUUCCCCUACGCCAUUGGACAAGGGGCUUUAGGAAUUGAGAUCCGUGAGAAUGAUACUCAAACUUUGAGUAUCGUGCAAGCCAUUGAGGAUCCCCUUACGCGGUGGAUCUGUCUGGCAGAGCGGUCAUUGCUCCGUACUCUCCAGGGAGGAUGCUCGUCCCCAGUGGCUGUUAACUCCACAAUCGAGAAAGGGGAUAGUCCAGUUUCUCCUGGGGGUCGUUUGCAACUUGAAGGUACGAUUAUUCACCCUCAUGGCUUGAGCCAGAUUUCGGAACACGCCGUCGCAAAUGUGACUAGCGAUAGUGAAGCGGAGGCGCUUGGAGAAUUGCUUGCAAAACAGCUGGAGGAUGCUGGUGGGCGGGAGCUUUUGGAUGAAAUUCGUCUCGUUCAACAAGAAGAAUCAAGCAAAGCCACUAACUAA